AUGGAUAAUCUUAUCAACAAUUAUCAUCUUCCAUUACGUCUUCAUUUAGUGGAUGGGAAUGAUCAAAAAUACUUCUCUAUCCAUAUUCGACCACAUAUACAUUUAGAACAAAUACAAUCAGUUGACUUAGGUUAUUUGUCAAAAUCAUUCAAUUUAAAUUUAUUUAGUAAUUUAAAAUCGUUAAAAUGUUAUGUUGGAGAUAGUGAUGAUGUUAAACAAUUAAUAGUACCAAAUCAGCAGUUAGAAUACAUAUCAAUGGUUUUAUCUGAAGAACAAUCGGAUCAAAAUAAUUUUUCUAGGAUACUAGAAAUAAUAUUUAGUAGAUGCUCCAAGUUAAAAACAUUCGUUUUUAUGUUAUAUGCUCCAUUUGGUAAUGAGACAAUAUGGUAUGAUCACUUAUCACAAUUAACCACAAGAACAACAUCACUUCAAAAUCUGAUUAUUCAUGGAUAUGACUUUGAAUUCAAAUCUCUAUUGUCAUUAUUAGAUUUUGUACCACAUAUACGCUAUCUGCAGGGCGUAUCGUGUCAUCGAGACGUCUAUGUUGCAUCACCGGUAAUCAACGAUACAGACGUACCACAAUCACCGUCGUCACUUGUUUACUCUAAUUUACUGAUAUUAAAAUUAGCUUUAUCAUUAACUAAAUUUAGUAGAUUGGAAAAGUUUCUAAAAUUAUUUCCUAAUUUACAACAAUUACAUUUAUUCGGUUUAUUAUUCGUAAAUGAUAUCAAUUAUUUAGAUGCUGUCCAAUGGCAUCGUCUGCUAUCAAGUUUGUUGCAUUUAUUACGUUUGGAAAUCAAUCUGAUGGUUUACUUACAUGACGAAGUCGAUAAUAAUAGCAGUAUUCGAGAAUUAAAGCAAAUAUUCGACAGAAAUUCGUAUCUUCAAGAGCGGAAUAUCUACUUGGAAUGUAAUGACAAUAACGGAAAUGACAGGCGAAUUAUGGGAGAUUAUAGGAAAUGA